AUGGCGGCCGUGGGGCACAGUGGCAUCAUCAGCAUUGUCUUCGGGGUGCUGUUGGCCGCACUGCCCCACAUCGGAGCCUUCAGCAUCCACCCGGUCCCACAUCGGGUCCUGACCCCCGGUCAGGGCCGGAGCUUCGGGCACCAGGUGUUGCCGCUGGAUGGGGCCCGAGUGCUGGUGGGGGCCCCGGCAGAGGUGGGAGAUGGGGGGCGGCUGUUCCAGUGCUCGGUGCAAAGUGGGGAGUGCCAGAAGGUGCAGCUGGAAGGGAACAGCACCCGGACCCACAUAGGAAUGGCCUUGGCCCGGGAUGGUGAUAUCACAAUCGCCUGUGGCCCCGGCUCAACCCACAUCUGCGAUCGCAAUGUCUACACGAACGGGGUCUGUGUCCUGCUGGACCCCCAGCUGAGAACACGGCAGGAGCUGAUGCCCGGAUACCAAGGCUGCCAGCGGGGCCCGGUGGACCUGGUGUUCCUGUUCGAUGACUCCAGCAGCAUGAGCACCUCCCAGUUCAAGGCCAUCCGGGACUUCAUGGUGGAUGUGAUGGAGAAGCUGCAGAACACCUCGAUCCAUUUCGGGGCGGUGCAGUUCUCGGACAGGGUCCAGACCGUGUUUACGCUGAAGGAAUUCGCGGCCCGGCCACAGCCCCGGGAGCUGCUGCAGGGCCUGGAACAGCGCGGGGGCCUCACCGACACCUUCGCUGCCAUCGGCUUCGUCGCGAAGGAGCUGUUCUCGGAGGAGGCGGGGGCGCGGCCGGGGGCACGGCGGGUCCUGGUGAUGAUCACCGAUGGUGACGCCACCGACCACGACCCAAAGGCCCUGGAUGCGGCCGAGGAGCGUGGGAUCCACCGCUACGUCAUCGGGGUGGGGAACAACUUCAACAGUCCCGACACAAAGCGCUACCUGCAGCAAUUCGCCUCCGGACCUGGCUUCGUGAAGGUGCUCGAGAGCUUCGAGAGGCUCCGCGGCCUCUUCCAGGAGUUGCAGGCGCGGCUCUACGACAUCGAGGGUACCACCCAGCUGCACAGUUUCCACUUGGAGAUGUGCUCCAGCGGGAUCAGCGUUGAUGUCAUCCAGGGCCGGCGGGUGACGGGGGCAGUAGGGGCUGAUAACUGGGCGGGGGGGCUGCUGGAGCUGCUGGAGCUGCAGGAGAACGAGACCUUCGUGCCCAACCCCCACCCAAAGGAGAGCAGGCCGGAGGGGUACCUGGGCUACGCCUUGGCCGGGCUGCGCGUCCCCGGCCGGGCGCUGGUGGCUGCAGGUGCCCCCCGUCACCUCUACGUGGGCGGGGUCGUCCUCUUUGAGGUCCCUGAAACCACCGGGGACUGGAAGGUGCUGCAGACCCUCGAAGGGGAGCAGGUGGGGUCCUAUUUCGGGGCCACCCUUUGCGCCCUGGACCAGGGCGGGGGGACGGUGGCACUGCUGGUGGGGGCCCCCAGCCACUACGAUGGGCGCUGGGGAGGACGAGUGCACCUGUACAGGUGGGAGGAGGAUGCCCUGCACCCCUCUGGGCAGCUUUAUGGUGCUCCAGGUCACCCCUUGGGCCGUUUCGGGGCGUCGCUGGCCACCCUGGGAGACCUGGACGGUGACAACCUGCCAGAGGUGGCCGUGGGGGCCCCACUGGAGGAUGAGGAGCGUGGGGCUGUCUACAUCUUUUGGGGGCAUCCCGGGGGAGUGGAGCUCCACCCCCGCCAGAGGCUGCAGGGGGACAUGGUGGCCCUGGGGCGUUUUUUUGGACAGGCGGUGGCCGGGGGCCUGGACCUGACGGGGGAUGGGCUGGCAGACAUGGCAGUGGGGAUGGAGGGACACGUCGUGGUGAUGAGGUCCCGCCCAGUGCUGAGGGUCACCACCAACUUGACCUUUGACCCUCCCGUGAUCUCAACCCGCGGGGUUGACUGUUCUGAUGUCACCAUUGUGACCAUUGUCACCCUCCAGCUCUGCCUGCACCGCCCAGGUGACCUGCUGACCCCCGUGACCUUCCGGGUGGAUGUCGACCCGCAGCGGGCACAAGGUCGGGGGGAAUUCGGGGAGGGGCAGCGGAGCUGGGACGGGGAGAUGCAGCCAGGGCUGAGCUGCCAGAGCAAGGAACUGAGGGUGCUGCCCUGCCUCGAGGACUUUGUCACCCCUAUCCGUGCCAGUGUCACCAUCGCCCUGCCCGACAGGGACCCCCCAGGGCCCAUCCUGCCUCCCAGCACUGGCCCCACCUGGGUCGAGAUCCCCUUCGAGCAGAACUGUGGGGACGAUGAGGUGUGCGAAGCCGACUUGGGGGUCAGGGUGAUGCUGGGGGACGCAGCUGUUUUGGGGGUUCCCAGUGCCGAACUGAGGGUUCAGCUGACUGUGGACAACAGGAGGGAAGAUGCUUAUAAGGUGGCCCUACAAGUGCAGCACCCCCCGGGGGUCUCCUAUCGGUGGGCCCGGGCCAGCCAGGCCUCUGCCCCGGUGCCAAUCACCUGCUGGGACGCUCAGGGCGCCGAGGGGCAGCCGUGGGGCCUCUCCUGCAACCUCAGCUACCCCAUCCUCCGUGCCGGCUGGCAGGUAAUGGUGGAGGUGACCUUUGACCUCCAGCAAAAUGCCACGUGGGGGAAAUCCGUGGGGCUGAUGGCGACUGUGAGCAGCGAGAACGAGCCCAACAUCACCCUCGGGGACAACACAAAAUCCUGGGAUGUCCCUGUCCACUUUGUCCUCGACCUCGUGGCCUCCUGGCAAGAAGACUCCACCCCCCACCUCAACUUCACCCCCCCCCAGCCCCACAACAAGACACUGCGGCACCACUAUCGGGUGGAGCUUCUCCGUGCCCCCACCCCGGGCAGCCCCAAAACGCAGGCGACACCCUUCGUCCUCCUGCCCCAGGUGCUGCCUCACGGUGUGGCCGUGGCUGCCCCCCAAGUGCAAGUGGAUCUGGGGGGCCCUUGUGUGGCUGUGGAGCCACAGUUGGGGGACGCUGUGGGGCAGGAGCUGAACAGGAGCAUCGCCGAGACUUGCUCCACCCCCCACCUGAGGCUGUUCCGCUGCCCCCCGACCCAGCUGACCCCGGGGGUCCCUGUGGGGGUCACCGUCAGCGCUGCCCUGCGGCCCCUCCCCCACAGCCAGGGACCUGCCCACUCCCACUUUUGCUCCGCCCUCUGGCUCACUCUGGUCCCGCCCUUUCUGGCCACGCCCCAAUUCCUCCGAGCUCAGGGGGUCACGGAGGUCGAACUGCUGUGGGAAGUCAACCCUCUCCCCGGCUACGUGGGGGGAGGGGUGGGGGGGCUGCUCCUCCUCCUCCUCAUCGUCCUCGGCCUCGCCAAGUGCGGCUUCUUCCAGAGGAAUUACCGGGAGCGGAUGGAGCGGGAGGGGCCAGAGGAGGGGGAGGGAGAGGGAGAGGAGAGUCCCCCGAGUGGGGAAAGCCCCAAAGAGGGGGACUCACCCUCCUGACCUGCACUGCCCCUCCCUCACGGGGUAAAGUGGUUCUGGGCCCCUCCCCCCCCAAAGGGGUUUCCAGCCCCCCCCCUCACCCCAAUA